AUGACGAUAUUCUCCUGCUUUAGUGGCAUACAAGCUCAAUUGCUCACUUCCUUACUAUUAUUAUCUACUGUUGUGGUUCAAACUACUAAUGCUGCAGAAGGUUGUAAACCACAAUCGUCUGGUACUCUAGGUUUCGAUAUGUCUUUAUAUCAUUAUCCUUUCGAUGAAUCUAGUCCAAGUUCCUGUUACUCCAAUUACUAUCAAACAGAUGAAUUUCAACAUGGUGGUUAUGAAUCUUUUGGUGGUGGUCUUUUCGGUACUGCAACCGAUAUCGAGGAUGUUACGUUAAAUCUAAGAUUGAAUGCCCAUUGCAGAGAAAUUAUGGGUACCUUACCUGAUAACUUCCACUAUGCUGACACAAUGAGUGUCUCCAACUUUACUAUGCUACUUACUGGUUAUUUCUUAGCUGAUGACUCAGGUCAAUAUACCUUUACUGUUGUUGCCGAUGACUUGGCCUAUCUGUCCUUUGGUGCUGGUAAUGCAUUUGAAUGUUGCGAUGAAGAAGGUACUGUUAGUGAUCCAGAAGCAUUCGAUUUGAUUGUCACAUGGAAAUCUGAUAAUGAUAUGUCAGGGUCUGUUAGUUACAAUCUAGAAGCUGGUGUUUUUUAUCCGAUCCGUCUAUUAUAUGCUAACAGAGAUUAUCACGGUACUUUAGAACUGUCCUACGAAGAUCCAAAUGGUGGUGUACACACCGACUUUACUGAACAUAUUUACCAAUUCCCUGAUGAACCUGAAGGUUGUCCAAAUAACAUCCAUACUUCAACCACUUAUUGGACAGGUAGUUACACUAGUACAUUCACCACUUCUGUAUACACCACUACUGGUACUGAUGGUCAUGCUACUACUGAAACUGUUUACAUCGUUGAAACCCCAGAUGAUCGUACUUACAUCUCCACCGCUACUACAGAGUAUACACAGGGUACUGCAGAUGUUACUACUACUUACUCCACUGCCACUGGUGUUGUUACUGGUACUGAUGGUAUAAUUACCACUGAAACUACUUUCUUUGUUGAAACUCCAACAAGUAGAUCUAAAACUGCUACUGCUACUACAGAGUAUACACAGGGUACUGCUGACGUAACAACCACUUAUUCUACCGCAACUGGUGUCACUACUGGUACCGAUGGUGUUAUUACCACCGAAACCACUUUCUUUGUUGAAACUCCAACAAGUAGAUCUGAAACUGCUACUGCUACUACAGAGUAUACACAGGGUACUGCUGACGUAACAACCACUUACUCCACUGCUACUGGUGUUGUUACUGGUACCGAUGGUGUCAUUACCACAGAAACUACAUUCUUUGUCGAGACUCCAACAAGUAGAUCUAAGACUGCAACUGCAACAACCGUUUUUACUGAAGGUACAGCUGAUGUAACCACCACAUAUUCUACUGGCACGGGUGUCUAUACAGGUAGUGAUGGUGUUGUCACUACCAGAACAACCUUUUACGUCGAGGAACCACGCCCAGAAACCACCAUUACUACUGUCCACACUACUACCAUUUACACUAGUGUUACUGUUCCAACAACAGUUACCCAUGUUACUACAUAUACCACUACAGAUGGUGAUGGUGAUGAAGAAGAAAUUGUCAGUACUGAUAUUGAAAUCGAAAUUCCAAGUAUUGAAGAAUCUACUACUGUUGUAAAGACUACUACUAUUUACACUAGUGUUACUGCCCCAACUACUGUGACACAUGUUACUACUUACUACACUACAGAUAGUGAUGGUGAAGAAGAAGAAGUAGUUAGCACUGAUGUUGAAAUCGAAAUUCCAAGUAUUGAUGAAACUGUCACUACCGCAAGUACAGUUUAUACUCCUGGUCAAGUAACUGUAACAACAACCAUUAGAACCAUUGUCACUACAUAUUUGACCACCGAUUCUGAUGGUAAUGAAGAUGAGAUAGUCGAAACCGAUUAUGUUGUUGAAAUCCCAGACGUUUCAAAGACAAUUGAAACUGUUACAACCGAAUCUACUGAUUAUCCAGGGUCUGUUACUACUACUCUCACCCAUGUUACAACAUAUUUCACGACCGAUGCUGAUGGUAACGAAGAAGAAGUUAUCAAGACAGAUAUUAUAAUUGAGACACCAAGAAACCCUAACACUGUUGUUGAAGUAACCUGUACUCCUUCUACCAUAUUCACUUAUUGUACUUGUUCUGAAACAUCUACUUAUUCUACAAAUAUUAAAACCUUCACUACCACAGACGUUAAUGGUAACCCAGGGGAAGUAACCAAAACUGACUAUUAUGUCGCAAUUCCAAAACCAACUACCGAUGCUUAUGAACAUCCUUUAGAGGAAUCUGCCGCCGUUACAACCAUUAGCGAGAGUGCAACAAAUAAACCUGCUGUUACCGAGACCUCCCAAAAUAUACCAGCAAUUACUGAAUAUUCAUCACAAACCUCUUCCUCUACCACAGCCAACAUUACCGAAUACAGUGGUGUUGGUGCUGUUGCCUCAAAUAGCAUAUUAACAUUUGUUAUUGGUUUAUUUUUUGCAAACCUUUUAAUUUAA